CCAACAAAAAGACAAAAAGCUUUAGUGACUGACUCUGACACAGAAAGUGAAAAUGAAACUCACGGUGUUGGAGGAUGCUCCUCUGCUUCUGCAGAAGAGUGGACUGAAGACAUUUCAUGAAAAUUAGAAGACUUUAUAGGUGUGUCAGAUGUAACGACUGAAUGUAUUAACCUGCAAAGCAUUACUGAAAUAACAGAAUUAAUUUUGGGUAACUGCUUUUUGGAGUUAGUCACUUCUCAAACUUUUAUCACCAACAGAAUGAAAAACCACGUAAAAAGUAUGAUAAAGCUUUAAAAUGGACUCAUGUAACCAACAGUGACAUAAAUUUCUUUUAAAGGAAUUUCUUGAAUUCAUAAUUUUGAUGGACAAAUGAGAAAGUCACACUGGACCCAUUAUUUGAAACACCUAUCUUUCCCAAGGUGAUGACGAGAAGAAAGUUUGAACAAAUAAUGACAUUUCUUCACUUUAACAGUAACUUGGAAACUCCACUCUCUGAAGAUAGACUUUCGUAAGUUAACACACUUUGGGGUUAUUCUGACAGUUCCUCAUGGCGGCAGUGGUUGGGUGUGGCGCUGUAGCAACUGAGUCGCUGCUAGCACGGCAGCCACGCUUUGAGCUCCAGCCCGGCCUCCGUGUGCACCCCGGGCUCCACACCCCUGAUGCUGCCCGGGCGCUGAGCCCGCUCUGGCCGGGACGAUGGUGAAGUAUUUCCUGGGCCAGAGCGUGCUCCGGAGCUUCUGGGACCAAGUGUUCACUGCCUUCUGGCAGCGGUACCCGAAUCCCUACGGCAAAGAUGUCUCCACGGAAGACAGUGCGAUCUCUGAGCAGAAGCUUCUGUCCAGACAACUCCUGACAAAGACGAACAGGAUGCCCUGCUGGGCUGAGCGACUGUUUCCUGCCAAUGUUGCUCACUCAGAGUACAUCCUGGAGGAUUCUAUUGUGGCCCCACAAAACCAGACCAUGACCACCUUCACCUGGAACAUCAACCACGCCCGGCUGAUGGUGGUGGAGGAACGAUGUGUUUACCGUGCAAACUCUGAUAACAGCGGCCGGACCAAAAUCCGCCAGGAAGCCUGGGUCUCCAGAGCUGUCCAGGAAUUUGGUCUCGUGCAGUUCAAAAGCAACGUGACCAAGACUAUGAAGGGUUUUGAAUACACCUUGGCCAAGCUGCAAGGUGAGGUCCCUCCCAAAACCCUUGUUGAAACAGCCAAGGAAGCCAAGGAGAAGGCCACAGAGACGGCACUGGCAGCCGGCAAGGCGGCCAACAAGCAGCAGCAGCAGUUCAUGCGGCCAGCCCAGGCCCCAGACAGCAGCCUGGCAGACUACCGGCUCCAGUCCCUGUGGCCCUCCUCCUGUACUUCAUUAUUAAAAGCCAGCUUCCAGCCCUGUCGCCUGUCUGGGUGGUGGGCUGGGGGUAGGUGCGCUGCUUGGCAUCUCCAGCACAGCCGGCUGGUCACCCAUGUCUGA